AUGUCUACUCCCACCAUUCCCCCCUUUGACCCCGCCAACGUGCAGGGCGACAUCCUCGCGGGGCUGCCCAAGCGCGUCCAGCACUACCUCCUCUUCCAGAUCGGCCCCGACGUCCGGGCGUUCCGCAAGCGCCUGGCCGUGCUCAUUCCUCAGAUCACGACGACCACGCAGGUCGUCGGGGACCGCGCGAAGAUCGCGGAGAACAAGAAGGCCGCCGCCGACGCGGGCAAGGCCCCGGGACUCCUCAAGCUCUCGGGCGUGAACAUCGCCUUCUCCCAGUUCGGGCUCACCAAGCUCGGGAUCACGGACAACAUCGGCGACACCGCGUUCGUCGGUGGUCAGCUCAAUGAUGCCCAGAACCUCGCAGACUCGGGCGUGGUCGGGAGCGACGGGAAGUUCAUCCCGAACUGGAUCCCCGCGUUCAAGCAGCAGCUCGACGGGGUGGUCAUCAUCUCGGGCGACUCGGAGCUGACCGUCACGGCGACGCAGGCGAUCGUGAAGGGCAUCUUCAACGUCGGUGCGGCCAAGGCGACGAUGCACGAGGUGCAGACGAUCAAGGGCACCGUGCGCCCAGGCAAGGAGAAGGCCCACGAGCACUUCGGUUUCCUCGACGGCAUCUCGCAGCCGGCCGUGAAGGACUUUGACAAGUGCCCGCACCCGGGCCAGGAGACCGUCCGCCAGGGCGUCAUCCUCUGCGGACGGGAGAACGACGUGGACGCGCGCACCAAGCAGCCGGUGACGCGCCCGCCGUGGGCACUCGACGGAUCUUUCCUCGCCCUCCGGUUCCUCGCCCAACUCGUGCCCGAGUUCAACACCUUCCUGGAGCAGAACCCGAUCACGAGCACCGGGCUGACCCCCGCGGCCGGCAGCGAGCUCCUCGGCGCGCGCCUCGUCGGGCGCUGGAAGAGUGGCGCCCCGAUCGAUGUGUUCCCGACGGCGGACGACCCCGCGGCGGGCGUGGACCCGGCGCGGAACAACGACUUCCGGUACACGUUCCCCGACGACCAGACGACGCAGGACCGGUGCCCGUUCGCGGCGCACACGCGCAAGACGAACCCGCGCGCGGACCUCGAAGACCCGCCGAUCAGCGUGUCGAACGAGAACAGGCGGAUCAUCCGCCGCGGCGUGCAGUUCGGGCCUGAGGUGACACCUGCGGAGAAGGCAGCGAAGAAGACGCUACACGAACGCGGUCUCAUCUUCGCCGCGUACCAGAGCAACAUCGUGAACGGGUUCCAGUUCAUCCAGCACAGCUGGGCAAACAACCAGAACUUCCCGCCCAAGGCCAGCGCAGGCGUGCCGACCCCCGGGUUCGACGCCAUCAUCGGCCAGGACGGGAACGCGAUCACCGCGCGCACGCUCGUCGGGACGGACCCGAGCAACCAGGGCGCGCCGCUCGCGCUCGUGACGGAGUGGGUCAUCCCCCGCGGCGGCGAGUACUUCUUCUCGCCGUCGAUCUCCGCGCUCAAGUCCACGUUCGCGCUCUGA